CGCGACAAUCGCCGCGUCGUGUGAGUAAGCCGAUAACAUAAUAAUUAAUUUGUAUAUUCAUGAAUUGAAACCACACAAAAAAAGAUGACCAGAAGUACAUCGUAACAAAAAAAUGAGGUUUAAAGAAAGAUAAAACGAGCGUAAAGUCUUAAAACCUAAGCUGUAUACCACCACAGAACGUUUAUCCAAAUCAUUACCAACAAUAAAAAACGAAUGGUUUGGGAACAAUCUGCACGUGUGCACUGCACGAUGGACGCGGUAGCUAGGCAACUGGCUGCCGUGGAACGGCAUGGAGCAACUCUUUGUGAGCUCCACAAAUUGUUGCUCAUGGUCCAUGUGUCAUGAUAUGUAGGGCAAAGUUUUAAAAAUUCAGAUACAUCUCAUUUUUAAUCUUUUUUUUUUAAGUUUUGUUGAGGGCUCUAACCGGUGCGGACGGUGUCGUGAGAGCACAUUAGCGGCCUGAAGAUGCUGCAAAUAAGAGUGAGUGAGGGCGUGCUGGAGGGAGAGCGAGUGGACCACUACUACGGCACCUUCUACAGCUUCAAGGGAAUUCCGUACGCACAGCCGCCAGUCGGGGAUCUGCGGUUUAAGGCACCGUUACCUCCAAAAUCGUGGGAUAGAAUUCGUUCUGCCAAAGAAUGUGGGCCAAAAUCUUAUCAGAACGACAUACUCUUGAAUAUCGGGAGAGUCGGCGAAGAAGAUUGCUUGUACCUAAACGUGACGUACACACCAUCUAUUAAACCGGACAAGCCUUUACCAGUUAUGUUCUGGAUACAUGGAGGAGGUUUCUUCUGCGGGAGUGGUGACGAUUCUGGGAUAACUUGUAUGAAAAAUAUGGACUAUGAUUAAGGCUGCGUUUGGGACUUCUAAAAUGCAUUUUAUUUAUGUACAAUGUACUUAACUGGUGAUUUAAGAUAUUUAUAUCACCCGAUAAGUUAUUGGUAUUAUUGCUUUUAUAGAAAUAGUCAUUUUUUACACUUUAUGUUUUUGUAAAGUGACGUUAGAUAUAAAAAAAAAAUAUUUUCUGAA